AUGCUAGGUCAAAAAUCGUUGUGUCGGAACCUAAAUAUUGAGCCUCUGUGUGCUUUCCUUCAAUCGAGAAAUUUGGGAAGAAGAGUUCCCAAUCAAGGAAAGCCGCCAAUAUUACCACCCUCACGCAAGGUCCUUUACCAUGUCGUCCACGUCCCGUGGCAGUCUCCAGAAGAUGUGAAAGAACUGCUAUGGAGGCGACAUGUUUACAAUAACGCUGUCAUUUCAUUGAAAGAGGUUUUCCGGCAAGAGAUUCGACAAGCUGAAGCAGCAGGAAAGGGUAUAGAAGCGAUGAAAGAGGAAGAAGACGCUGAGUUUAAUCGUCUGAUUGCUGAGAAUGAUCGAAUCAAUAAGGAAAAGGCGGAAGCCCGCGCUAUCCGCGAAGAAACUGAGUGGAAAAACACUCAACGUGAAAUUUUGAAUGAAAUAGAAGAAGCCUUGGAGAAGCGGCAGAAGAUAGCAAAGGAAGCUACUGAAGAGGUCCGUGCUGCUAUCGCUCGCAGUCGAGAUUUUGUUGACAAAACGAAUCUGGAGGCCAAAAUCAUUGAAGCCCUUGAGAAUCCCAAAGUUUACGACUUUGCUAUCGAUCGGCAAGGCAACAAAUAUUACGAUCCCAAACCUGUGAAGUAUCAAGAAGGAGUCCCUACGCGACAAAAAGGACGACUUUUUGACAAAACCCUUGGAAUUCCACAGAAUUCUGAUGAAGAGGAGCAAAAGCACGAAGGAACAAAAGCCGCUGGCAUUUGAGUUGCAAUUUUGUACCGAUGCCAGUUCUGCUUAACGCUGGGACGCUACGUUGAAUAAAUACACAAGCCGAAAGAUUAGCUCGUAUCAGAUUGCUG